CAAUUUUUUCGCUAAUUCGACGACCGCGAAAGUUCAUUAGGUAAUGAAAGUUCGUGUUGAAAAUAACGGAAAACGAAUUGUGACCUGAUACAUUCGCCACCUUAAAAAAUUCCCCCUCAACAUUCACACACAAAAAAAGAAACUUUGAAACUAUUAAAUUCAUCCAGCCCUCAAUCCACGAAGUUUAUUGCUAGUAACUUCGGUGGUAUUCAGAGAUUACCCGAAAAAUUUGUAAUAUCAAUUGAAAAAUCGCCCUUCUACGAAGGGCUGUUACGUCGACAGGCUCAACCCUUGGCAGGGCUCCACCCUUGGACACGAGCCUCCCUCGUGUUGACGUCACGGUGCGCGCGCUGUGCUCGAAACUGGGUCACCACUUUGUGGAUUAUUUGGAAGAAGUUACCACCGGGAGUCGGGAGUUAGACGUCACACACGGUUCUCCAGAAGGUGCUCUUUGGGUCGAAAAUGGCGAACACAUCAAAUUACAAAUUGAGCCCCGCAGUCGCAAAUCUCAAAUAUAACGAUCUCAUCCCUUACCCGAACGCAAACGAUAAAGUCACCCAAGAAUUCCUUCAAAAGGUCGCUGAUAUCCUCAUGGAUUACGUAAAAAAACAAAAUGAUCGAAACGAAAAGAUCCUCGACUUCCAUCAUCCCGAAGAAAUGAUCAAAUUACUCGACCUCAAAAUACCCGAAAACGGUGUCACUUUGAAUCAACUUGUUCACGAUUGCGCCACCACAUUGAAGUACCAAGUCAAAACUGGUCAUCCGCAUUUCUUCAAUCAGCUAUCCACUGGUCUGGAUAUAGUUUCCAUGGCCGGAGAAUGGUUAACAGCUACAGCAAACACCAAUAUGUUCACCUACGAAAUUGCUCCGGUUUUCAUUUUAAUGGAAAACGUUGUUAUGACCCACAUGAGGGAGAUUAUUGGAAAAAACUGGAGAAAAGGCGAUUCCAUAUUAGCACCAGGUGGUUCCAUCUCCAACCUUUACGCCUUCUUAGCCGCCAGACAUAAAAUGUUUCCCAAUUACAAAGAAAAAGGAAUCGCUACUAUUCAAGGCCAAUUGGUUAUGUAUACCUCAGAUCAGAGUCACUACUCGGUUAAAUCAUGCGCAUCUGUUUGUGGUCUGGGUACUGAUAACUGCGUGAUGGUACCUUCAGACGAAUACGGUCGUAUGAUCCCCCAGGAAUUGGAAAAACUUAUUAUCGAUAGAAGAGCUAAAGGGCACAUCCCGUUCUUCGUGGCUUGUACCGCUGGUACUACCGUGUUAGGUGCUUUCGAUCCCAUCAAUGACAUCGCUGAUAUUUGUAAAAAGUACGGAAUGUGGCUACAUGUCGAUGCAGCUUGGGGUGGAGGACUUCUCCUUUCGAAAAAAUAUCGACAUCCCCGUCUCUCCGGUAUCGAGCGGGCUGAUUCCGUCACUUGGAAUCCCCAUAAACUAAUGGGGGCUUUGCUGCAGUGCUCGACUAUUCAUUUCAAAGAAGAUGGUCUCUUGAUGAGCUGCAAUCAAAUGGCUGCUGAUUAUUUAUUCAUGCAGGACAAAUUGUAUGAUAUCAGAUAUGAUACAGGAGACAAAGUAAUCCAAUGCGGACGCCAUAAUGAUAUUUUCAAGCUUUGGUUGCAAUGGAGAGCGAAGGGCGACGAAGGUUUUGAACAACUGAUAGACAGAUUGAUGGAGCUGACCGAAUAUAUGGUCAAACGCAUCAAAGAACAACCUGAUAAGUACUAUCUGAUCAUGGAACCGGAAUUGGUAAACGUUUGUUUUUGGUACAUACCAAAACGAUUAAGAAAUGAACCUCACGGCCCUGCAAGAGAAAAGAAAUUGGGAGAGAUGUGUCCACGUCUAAAAGCCAAAAUGAUGGAAGAAGGAACUUUGAUGACCGGAUAUCAACCUGACGACAGAAGACCGAAUUUUUAUAGAAACAUUAUUUCUUCGGCAGCAGUUACGGAAAAGGAUAUCGACUUUUUAUUGGCCGAAAUGGAUAGACUGGGUCACGAUAUGUAAAAGUCUCCAACUAAAAACAAAUAUUUCUAGUUUUUAUUCCCUGUAGGCACGUUAUUGUUGAGUUUAUGGAACCUCUUCAACCAAACCAAUCCAAUUUAACCAAACUUCGUGUAUACUGAAUUUUCUCCUUAUUCCCAUAGGAAUUGAAGGUUUUCAUAUAAAAUUAUGUUACAGAUAGUCACUUUUUUUGCGUAUAGUUAUUUAAAUAUGGCGCCAAGUCAAUUAAAAAUUAGAUUUUCGAUAAUUGUAUUUGUAGGUGAGUCAAUUGAUAGCAUUUUAUAGAAUUUGGUGAAAAUUUGGUCUAAAUGUGAUGUGUUUAAAAAAAAAUGAAAAUUCACUCUCAUCCUAACUGUAAAAUUUUUAAAUGUGUAAUAUAUUCAAAGAAAAAAAUUAUAGAAAUGUACGUAUGUUAGAAAAUCUACUACCAAACAAUUUUUAAUCGAGUUAAUAAAGCAAUGCGAAUCUUGUCGACUGCGCCAAUUACAUAAAACCGUUACCUAAGGUUGUUUGGUAGUGAAAUAGGACUUACCCAUAUUAGGCUGUACUUCUAAAUGGUGAAAAUGUGUAGCUGACGCAAUAAUUCAAAUGUAUAGAAAAUUUCGUUAUCAUCAUAAAUUUUAUUCGUGCUUAAAAUUGGUGGGUAUAUAGAUACCUUCCAAAAAAAAGGUGAUCCUAAAUAUUUAUUAAAUGUAUAUUUAUAUACAAAUUGUUAUCAUUUUACAGGGUGUACCAUAAAUUAAAGGAAUAUCAGAUAAUUGAGAUACAACUCUGUAAGACAGCAUCUUCAAAACACAAUAAUUUUCUGAAAUUCUAAUAGGUUUGUGACGUUUCACCAUCCUGUAUUUCGAAGUAAUAAUUUCUGUCACACCCUGUAUGUAUGAAACAUGUUUCUAUUUAUAAAAUGUUAAUUUGUUGAUACAGAUUUUGAGGUAUUAUAUUGUUUAAUGAUAUAUUUUUUUAUACAGAAUGGAUAAAAAAUUAUGAUUAUUCGUUUUGAAUAUUUGAUAUCAAGUCUACAACUCUAUCAGUUUAUCUCAUCAUCCAGAUGUCGUCAAUCUAUCAGAUCAAUUUCAACUUUAUAAUGUUUGAUUGAUUUUUACCUAUAAAUUCUUGAAAUAAAGUCAAAAUGUAUUCCUAUCCUCACCCUUCAUUAUUACGCCAAUUAAUUUUUACAACUACGACCUUAAUAGCUCGUUCAACCAUGUAAAGUUUUCACUACCUCAUGUUUUGAAAUUUCUACUUAAGUCUAACAACAAUCUUCUUCUACUGUGUCCAGAAACGAUGUCAUCAUCAUGGAACUAUUCUGAAAUGGGUAAAUCAUCAUUCUAAGAAACGAAAUUUUGAAAAAUCCGCUGCUGGUCGACUUUGCUACAUGUACUAAUUAUUUUGUUCCAUUUUGGAAACGCUGCACAGAUAUUUACCUCCUCUUAUAGGCUCUGAAGUUAAGACAAAUUCGUCACUUGGAAUCCAGCUUGUUUGUAGCAAUUACUAAAUUGUAGUUUUGUGGACGAUAUUUUGAAACUAAUUAAAUUCGUUGUAGUCCACAGAAGUGGUCUUUCACCUUAAAUAUGUUUGAUUUAUACAUCGCUUCGUUUUUUGAAGACCUCUAACCAUCAAUUACAACCAGAAAAUAAUACGAAGCUAAUUUGGAAUUUUCGAAUUUUGGAUCGCUUUUUGAAAUAUUAUUAUACUGUACCUGCUCAAUCCCUAUCGAGAAUCCUGGUUUGUGAGUUACAAAACAAAGUCAAAUGUUUGUGAAAAACGUGUCAAAAUCUAUUCCAUCCUGAUAAAAUGUCUGGUUUAUACAGGGUAUUGAAUUAUAGAGUCCUAAUUGUAGAGGUAUACACCGAACAAAAAAUUUAAAAAUCGGAUCUCACUCAACUAGAUUCGAAAAAUGUCAUUAACAUAGACAAAGAUUUAAAAAGGUCGAGACCUCAUUGGAAUUCUCACUCCAUUUAACCACACUUCACUUUUCGAACACCCCCCAUAAAUUUAAUCUCGCAAAAAUUGACUAUUUUCAAGCAAUCAUUGUAGUUGCACUUUUCGAAUACACCCUAUAAAAAAACUAGAUAUUUUCAAGUACUUAUUUCAACUAAACUUUUCGAAAAAAAAUAAUAAAAAACUGGCCAUUUUCAAAAAUUAUCUUUGUUAUACUUUUUGAGCGCACUCAAUAGACUGGCCAUUUUCAAGCGGACAUUUCAGUUAUACUUUUUGUUCUCGAAAAACUGGCUAUUUUCAAGUGGUUUUAUCAGCUACAUUCUCAGAACAUACCCUAUAAAUUAGUUAUCGAAAAACUGGGCUAUUUUUAAGCGGUUAUCUUUUUUAUAAUUUUUGAACGCACCCCGUAAGUAUGGUCAAGAAAAACUGGAUCUUGUCAAGAGGCUAACACUCUGUAAGUUGAAUGUUUAUUGCAGGGUUAAAAAUAACAAAAAAAAAAUACCGAAAUAAUGCAUGAAUCACAAUAAUAUUGUGACAGUGAUUAACCUUGAAUAACAAAACGAUUCUAUGUUAAUUUCCACGAAUGUAUGCAGAUGACUUGACAUUGAAUUGUACGAAUAAUAUAACUUGAUGGAAUAUUUUGUAUAAAUAUAGUUUCUACAUAUAUGUAAUACUUCUUAAAGGACAGUUUCUAUAAAUGAAAGCUGUUCUGACUAAGGAAGACAGAAUGAUAACGCUUUCUCUAUCCUUCGAGGUACCAGCUCGGUUCUGCGCAUUCUCAAGCAUGCGCAGUAUAGAUAAAGUGUCUUUAACGAGAGAGAAAAUGAAUCUUGUCAACACCGUAACGUAGAGACGUUUUUUUCCAUACCAACUGUCCAAAUAUGGAAGAUUACAUAUAUGAGUUUCUACAGAAUUUUGAUUUUAAAUCAAUUGAAUAGAAAUAUAUAUAUAUAUAUAUAUAUAUAUAUAUAUAAAAUUCAAAUAGAAAGUAUUUAUAUACAUAUAUGUUUAAAUGAUUUGACGCUUCUAAUAUACAGGGUAAUUCGUUAAUCGUCCUAAAUAAUGUCCCCAAAAAAAUCUUCAAUUUGUAAAAUAUUGGAAUGCGAUAUUUCGAUAUCUCAAAAUCAAAAUCGGUUUUUGAAAAUUAAUUUACAUCAUUUUUGAGAUAUUACAAAAAUAUGAAGGUGAAAAAAUUACUAAUAAAUCGAUUAAUUUAGGAAAAACUAACAAUGAAAUUGAAUUUUCCUAAGAGUGUUCUUGUUUUGAAUUGGGAAGAUUAAAGAAAAAUUAGAUGUGGGACAAUCUGUAUAUUAGAAAGUGGAUUGAUCUAUUUCUUGUUAUUAUUUAUUUAGAGCGAGUAUAAACCUGUUACUACUGCCAACAUUUUUAAUGUUUAAAAAUUGUUUAAAUAUUAUGUAAUGUUGAUAAAUAAUAUAAUUUCUGUUAUAUAUUCAUUAUUUAUGUUUUCGAAAUUUUUAUAAAGAAAAUCCCGUAAAUAAGUUAAAUAAAUUUGAGUAGAUAUUAUAAAAAAAAUAAUAUAUCUAUGGGGGAAUUUUCUAUUGUUUCCUAAGUUACUUAAAUACAGAAGGGUCAAAAAUACAGGGUGACUAGAGACUAUUGGAAUCAUGAAUGUGAUGAGAAUUAUAGACGAGCUCAAAGGUUUGGUCAAAAAAAUUGGUAAUCAUGCGCCUCGCUAUUUCCAAAAAAAAUCUAGAACCUCAAUCGUGGGAAAAGCUCAACAAACAGUUAGUAACUGUUUUUUGGUGUUUUAAAUAGAAAAUUUAAAAAGAAAAUGAAUCACUGAUGAUUUAGAACCAUUUUCUGAGUAACUUAUUCACGAGAAACCCUGUAUCCUUUUAUUGAUAACAACAAAAUUACAAUCCAGCAGAUUGAAAUCAUGAAUUACAACUUAGAUGUAUCUAAUGUGGGAAAAAAUCUAAUAACCACGGUUUUCCCGACGCCAUUGAGUAUAUGCUUCGUCAAAUAUCACCAUGGAAACACCAGAGUAUCUACUUAAGUCCUGUCUCCUUCGCUAAAAGGCUUAAGUACCUCGAAAGAGUACUAACACCUUGGAAAGUGGGACUCCAAAAAGAUAGUUCGCUUUAAGAGGAGUUUACGUAUUUUGGAAGCAAAACAACAAGAUGUAGAGUCUUGUACAAAAUAUCUUCUAGAUAUAAAUGCAGAGUAACUGUAAAAUCAAAAAACUCCUCAAACAAUAUACAAAUAAUAAUCAGUGGCAACUAAAUCUGGAGAAUAUAGUGGACAUGGGAACGAUUAUAUUAUUAAACCGUGGUUGUUGGUUUUCUCCUUUUAUUGGUUCACCUCAAAUUGUUGAAUUUAGUUAAUUUGUAGGAUAAUUAAUAGAUUAAUAAAUAUAUAUGGCUUCCAAUCACAAACCAUCGAAUUGUAAUAAAUGUGUAUAUGAAAUUAUAAAGAGAAUAUUAACAAAUAUUAAUCAAACAGUU